AUGGACAACUCCAAUCGAUUUGACAUUAGCAAUCGCAAUUUCAUUGUGACCGGGGGAGCGCAGGGCAUAGGAUUCUCUGUUGUGAAUGCUCUGGCCCAGGCUGGCGCCAACGUGGUGGGGAUCGAUAUCAAGAACAAACCUGGCCAAGACUACGAUGCCAUUGCGAAGCAAUUCUCCGUGAAGGCAAAGUAUUUUCAGGGCGACGUGACCGAUGAGGCGAGCCUGAAAUCGGCUUUUAAACUGGCUGUUGACGCUUUGGGGAGCCUUGAUGGGUGUGUCACUUGUGCAGGCAUUGCACUGGAGAAAGCUUUUGAAGAAACAACUUUUCAAGAAACGAAAAGGCUUCAAGACGUGAAUGUUGUGGGGACAUACCUUACUGCUCAACUCGCCACGGCUCAAAUGAAGAAGCAACAGAGCAAGGGCGGUAGCAUCGUUUUGAUCGCCUCCAUCACGUCCCAUACGGUUUUGCCCCAUCAUAGGAUGUCUGCGUAUGGCGCGACAAAGGGUGCUGUCAAGGUUCUAUCUGAGUCCCUUGCUGUUGAGCUCGCACCGCACCAGAUCCGCACCAACAGCAUCUCGCCUGGCUUCAUAGACACGGAGAUGACGCAGCAUGUUCGAAAGCAGAAUCCGGAGAUGGAUCUCAUAAUGGUCAAGACGCCGCCGCUCCAACGAAUUGGGACAUGUGAUGACCUUGUUGGUGCCAUCAUUUAUCUGCUGAGUGAUGCAUCUAGCUACACCACAGGCACUGACAUCGCCAUCACUGGAGGCUUGCACGUCGGGCGGAUUGGAACCUAG